AUGCUGGACGAAACCGUUUCCUUGCGUAUUUGCCAGGAUGGUCAUGCAAAUGCAUUGGCAUUGAACAAGGAUUGCAAUCAAGUGGCUGUUGCUGGACGAAGUUUACUCAAGCUAUUUGCCAUUGACAGUGACGAUGGCGGUUUCACGGAAGUUUGUAAUAUGCGUAGCGGUAAAAAUCCAAAUUUAAGUUAUUCCUCCAAUGAUGUAGCCUGGAGUUCACUGGAUAAUAAUAUACUAGCCACAGCUGCGACAAAUGGUGUUGUAUCCGUAUGGGAUCUAUCAAAAUUUGGUAGACAAAAACAGUUAUUGGUCUACAAUGAUCAUCAACGUACAGCGCACACGGUGACAUUUCACAGUAGUGAAAUGAAUCUUCUGAUAUCGGGUUCACAGGAUGGUACCAUAAAAUGUUUUGAUACACGUUGCGACAAGGCUGUCAAUACAUUUUACAGUAAUUCUGAAUCGGUGCGAGAUGUUAAAUUUAGUCCACACAGUCCGCAUACAUUUUCGGCAGUCUCGGAAAAUGGUACAGUUCAGUUGUGGGAUUUAAGGAGAGCCGAAAAGUGUAUAUUACAGUUUACAGCCCACAGUGAUCCCAUUUACACCUGCGACUGGCAUCCGACAAAUAAUUGGCUGGCCACCGGUAGUAGAGAUAAACAAAUCAAAAUUUGGAAUAUGGAUGGUAAAGCUUCCUUGGAUCAUACAAUACACACAAUUGCUGUUGUCGGGCGGGUCAAAUGGAGGCCAGAAAAAACUUACCACAUUGCCAGCUGUGCUUUAGUGGUUGACUACAGCAUUCACAUUUGGGAUAUACGCCGGCCCUUUAUACCCUUUGCCUCAUUUAAUGAUCAUACAAACGUGACGACGGGUAUUGUUUGGAAGGGUUCGGAUACAAAUUGUUUAAUUUCAACAAGUAAAGAUUCAACAAUAUUUAAACAUGCUUUCAAAGAUGCUUCCCGUCCUGCUUUGAAAGCCAAUGCUCAGGGAGCAAGUUUGGGACGAAAGGGAGAUAUAUCAUUUGCAAAUAAAUUAAAAUAUUAUUUACCAGUAACGGCUGCACAAGUUGUUAAAUCGAAUAGCAAUAAUAACAAUAAUACACCAAUACAACGACAAAGAUCCAUAACUGGAGCUGAACAAUUUCAUAUUGGCAAAUCGGAUAUGUGUAGAUUUCUAUUGAAUUCAUCGUAUACCGGCUAUGUUGAUCCUGAACUAUCCAUACAAUUAAAAGAACACGAAUGCUUUAUUGGCUGUGCCAAGGAGCUAAUGUUGACGGGAAAGAAAUUGGCGGAUAUUUGCAAACACAACGCCAGCGUUUGUCGUAAAUAUGGAAAACAUAAUGCCACAACGCUGUGGUAUUUUGUUGAAAUUGCCUAUGGGUCGAAUGAGAUGAAUAAAUUAAAAUAUGAACAUCGUAAUUCAUUUUCGACACAAAAAAAUUCCCAAACAUCACGACGACCGACACAAGUUGUUAAUACCGACGUGCUAAAAUGGGAUCAUAAUGAAAAUAAUAAUGUUAAUGGUUCCGAUAAUGACACCGAACUUAAGCUGCUACAAGAUGAUGAUCUAAUGAUGAUGGAUCAUAAUGGUCCAGGUGGUGGUAAACAAUUUUAUCCACCGUAUGGUUCUGUAAUACUAUCCGAAACACAGAUGUUAACCGAAAUCACUUUUGAUAAUUUUGAUCAUUUGCGUAAUGGGUUUAUCUAUGUUGGACCACCGGAUAUUUCUAAGGCAUUGGCGUUGCCUGAAACAACGUUACAUUGUGAUGUGCAGGCAGCAAGGCCGCAGUUAGAUAUCAAUGCAGAGGAUCGUGAUAAAUCACCGCCCCCCAACAUGCCAGUGGAGUUAAAAGUUACAAAUGUCCCACCUGUACCCUUGUGGGAGCCUCAUCAAUUUAUUGCCGAUGCAUUGCUAUUGCAAAAUGAUGUUGGUGAUGUCCAGACGGCUCUGUCAGUUUUAAUUGCCAUGGGUGAAAAUCGCAAAUAUCUGCCAAUACAUGAAGCUUUAAUAGAACAUUGGUUUCAAACCUACAUCGAUCAGUUGCAUCGCUAUCAAAUGUGGAAUGAAGCGUGCCGCGUGAUAAAUCUCUCUUGGCUUCGAUCGGUGCGGGAACUUAAUCAGAAAUCCACUACGGUACAUACAAAUUGUGGUGACUGUGGUAGACCGCUGGGCGGUAGCGUCGGUUGGUAUUGUCAAAAAUGUAAAUCAAUGCGUUUGGCCAAAUGUUCGAUUUGUGGUCUUAUUGUACGGGGCCUAUAUGCCUGGUGUCAGGGCUGUUCUCACGGUGGACAUUUACAACACUUAAUGGCAUAUUUUACCAACAAUUCAAAUUGUCCCAAAUGUGGUCAUCUGUGUGAAUAUAAUUAA